AAUUUGCUUCUGACACCACUGAUACAUGUACAUGUAUAUAACCUUUCCUUACAACAAGUGGCAGUGUGCGGUGGUUUUGCUGCUGAAAUAAACACGAUUGCUGGUGUCAGACAUGGUGUCAGAAACUGACAUCUGUUAAAUGAUGAAACCUAUUAAAAUUGCAAACAAGUCACAAAGUCACUGACAAAAUGCAUCAAUUUCUGACUGGGCAGGAAUGGUAGAGGUAGCAUUUAUGGCCGUCUAAAAUUUAUGCCGUACAUUAAUUCUUUGAAAACGUGAUUAUUUAUAAACAGUAUAUGCAUUUUGAAAUAAAUGAAGUAAUCAGACCAUGCAGUGUGAAUGGGCGGUGAACUGGUGAAUUAACUUGUGGUGCAUUAGUUUAUGAUGGGCAUUAUCUUUCUCCAAGUGUCUGACCGAAGAGAAAAGAUUCUUUUAGUAGUUGUAAAUAUAGGAAUGUUAUAAUCAUUUGUGGCAUCAAACCUGUUUUAUACAUGUAUGUGCAAACGUGGAUCAACCCACCCCACGGUACACCAACCAACUCGUAUAUAUAUACAGAUCGUUUCUAUAAUAUUCAACACAGCCCUUUCUAUAAAGGUUGAAUAUUUCCUUUUCUAAUGUCGUUUGUUUAGUCUUUCGUUAUCCUUUUUUUCCCUGACUACAGGUCGGUUGAAUCCCCCCUAACUCAAAAAAGUUAUAUCUUUGAGUAUAUUAAUGACUGAAAUAAAGAUAUAGUUACGUAAUAUUAACUCGCUAAAUUGUAGUUAUAGCUAAUUAUAGCAUUAAAACGGAAUUUAUGAAUAGUUAUCAAUAUUUAAUUAUUUAUUAUAUUCAUUAUCUGGGACCGAAACUAAUUGGGGUAGAAAUUAUUGGAUGCCGAAACGUCCAAACAUUGCUGCAACAAUGCGGCAAUAUUGCGGCAAUAUUACAGCAACACAUUUUUGGUACCAGAAACCAGAUUUUAAUACUAUAGUCUGUCCCAAGAUAUUUAUGCUGCAUUUUUGAACAAUUUUUAAUAAAAAUACACAUUUCUGUGACUGAAGUGCAAUUAAAAUCGAUGAAAGGGAAAAUUACCAAGAUAACUUCAUUCACACAUUAUCAUUUUUCCCUCGUAAAAAUUCACAGGAACGAAAACAGAUUUCCUACGGAGAUUUAUAAUGGGGAAUGUUGACAUCUUUUCUCCAUUCGGAAGUACUCGGGACACCUCGCGCAAUUUUUAAACGUUAUCAUCCGGGCGUCUUCAUCUCCUUGGCAAUGGAAAAACCUCGUAGACUUUUUUAUUUUUAGCCGUGUACUGAUACCCGACAAGCUUGAGGGGGCGUUUCAAAGGGGAAAUCUUGGGAUUUUUUCAUACUAUUGAAUGAACAUCGUCUGAACCAAGAGGUAUUUAUAUUGAAUAAUUUAAGAAAAUAAGCGGCAAAAAUAUCUUGGGACAGACUAUACUGAAAUGUUGCCGCUAGCUGCAACAACUUCUGGUAACAUUGUGGCAAUACUGCUGGAGUUUUGCCGCUAGUGGCAAUAACUUCUGGCAGCAUUCUGGCAAUACUAUUAGAGUUAUUUCUGUAAAAAAUUAUAUUAACAUGCACCUAGAAUAUUGCCACUAGCUGCAACAACUUCUGGUAAUAUUCUUACAAAAGUGCUUAAAAGCCAUGUUCUUUCAACUAUCAGUUAUUACUAUAAACAACAGGUGCCUAAACAUUUGGGGCCUAAACAUCUUGGGGCCUAAACAUCUAACCUGGGGCCUAACCGUCUUGGGGCCUAAACAUGUUGGGGCCUAAACGUCUGCAAUUCAUUCUAUCACCAGAGGUCGUGCUGCUUCGCUGUAGCACGACCUCUGGUGAGAGAAUGCAUUUGGCCGUGUAAUGAACAGACGACUUUUUACAUGUAGGAAAGAGCAAGGACGAUUUUAUUGAUUAAGUUUAAAUUGUGACUGUUUGAGAAAAGAAAUAUGUAAGUUUGCUUAAAUUAUGUUUACAUUGUACGAUGUGAUCUGCUUUGUAAUUUAUUUUCCCCUCAAACAACUUGUAAUUACAUGUAGGUAUAGGUUAAUGUUAGGACUUCCGUAUGAUACCAGUGACCAGGAAGUUUCUAAAAUUUUUACUCUGUACUUGAGAGGUAUUUUAAAAAACCAAAAACUAAUGCAAAUUCGUUUGUCUCAUCUCCAUGAGAAAAACGAAUCGGACACUUGGUUAGCGAAGAUGUGCAACAUCCGGUAUUGAACCAAAUUUAUAUCAAUGAAAAAUUAAUUAUCGUGAUGUUGUAUAGGAAUCAAACCCGGGACCCGUGCAUAGUCAGACAAUUUACCACUGAGGCGAUAUGAUAGGCAUGGUCCAUAACCCUGACCACCACACAUGUAUCCGACAAUACAGGCACAGAUUUUGGCCAGUGGAAGUGAACGCAUGACAGCCAUCUACAAUAAGUGAUAAGAACAGAACAUAUAUAAAGUAAACAAGCCCAGAUGAUAUCGUUGAAAAAUUGCGCGAUGUAUUCCGAGUGUAAUCCAAUUGGAGUAAAGAUUUAAACAUUCCCCAUUAUAAAUCUCCAUAAGGAAUCUGUUUUCGUUCCUGUGAAUUUUUCUGAGUGACAGUUGAUAAUGUGUCAAUGAAAUUAUCUUGGAAAUUAUCCCUUUCAACUAUUACAAGUGCACUUCUUUCACAGGUUUUAUCCUCAUUCAAGGUAGAAACAUCUGGUCCAUUAAUGGAAAACCAUCAAAUAGUCGUGGUAUAAUCUAUACAGUAUGGUUUUCAAAGAUACAGUAGACAAGAGAAAGAAAAGAGGAAUUGUAUAUGGCAAGGAUUAAAGACCUAGACCCUCCAGACCAUGGACCCAGCAAGUACAACAUAUAGAGUACAUCAGUGCUCUAAGUGUCCGGGGGGCACGGAGUACUAUUGUGUAUCGUGUCCAUAUGAUCUGUGUCAAAAGUGUAAAGAAAACCAUGUGAAAAACCUCAAAACAAUAGACCACAAUGUUGCCACAUAUCGUGAUAAAUUCAACUAUAUCCCAAAACAAGAGAUUUGUGUGAGACAUCCUAGCCAUGUUUAUAUAAAGUACUGUGAACCUUGUCAAGUUCCUGUGUGUGAUUCUUGCUUUGAUCAUAAAUCUCAUAGAUUCCCAGUUUCUCUCUUUCGACAAAGUAAGCACAAGAUUCUUAGCUUACAAGGAGCUUAUAAAACAAAGCAACAACAACACAGAGGAACCAUUUACACCAUCAGAAGUGAGGCUCUCUUUUACAGACCUGUUCUCCUGCCAGGAAUCACAGAUGACAUCAAAACCUGUCGCACAGAAUUCUCCCGCUAUCAAUCAGAGAUGUUAACAAAGGCCCAGAAACUGAAUGAUCUCAUUAACUAUGUGGUAUAUGAUCUAUUGAACAAUGUGUUUUGUGACUUUAAUUUCAAACACAGAUGUUUAAAACAGAAGAUGGAAACAAACAGACAUAUAGUCAGCCUACAGAGAUAUGUACACAUGUAUGAACAGUCAACAUUCAGUGCGCUACAAUUCCUCUCCUCUAUAAAGACAGCCCUCCCCCAGAUACAUCUUACACUCCACACCAGCCAGCUCUCCAUGACUGAGUCACUCAACAAGGAGGAUGUGAUGGAGUCACUGAGUGCAAUCCAAAUCACAGAGAGAGGAAACCGACGCGUAGGAAACCAGUGUCUGCUGAAACUGACGUCUGGUGCUGAGUUCCAUCAAUCUCUCACAGUGACAGGUGUUGAUGGUUGUGAUCACAUUUCCUGUGUGACAUCAGACCGGGUCUGGGUCAGUUAUAGAAACAAUCUCAUGUUGACAGACACAACAGGUGUCCCUCUACAUCGUGUGGAGGAUUCAUGUCGUGGUUUAUAUAGUGGAUUCCACACAGUGAACAGUGAGAGUGAACUGAUCUAUAUAGAUAGGAAUUAUAACAUCAACAAACUAUCAAAGGAUAUGAAAACAACCACCACAUUUAUAGAGAGAACAAACCCUACAAGGAGACCACGGUGUGUGUACUGGUCCCCGUCCACUGGGGAUCUACUGCUCGGGAUGUAUAACGAUGAUACAAAGACAGGCAAGGUAACCCGGUACAACCAGAGUGGACAACUCACACACACCAUACAGAAAGACAACACCGGACGGGGACUGUAUAGUGUACCUCUCUAUAUAACAGAGAACAACAAUGGGGAUGUCGUAGUGUCUGACGCGUUCAGUGCUGUAGUGGUGACAGAGCGUGGAGGAAGACAUCGUUUCUCCUACACAGGACAUCCAUCAGGAUCAGGACUACGGUCACGUGGAAUCUGUACUGACGCGCUGUCACACAUCCUGGUGUGUGAUGAUACAACCCAUACAGUACAGAUGAUAGACGAGGACGGUCAGUUCCUGUCACAUCUACUGAUAAGACCAUCAGGGAUAUUCUCACCAUUGAGCCUGAGUUAUGAUGUCAUCACUCACCGUAUCUGGGUCGGAUCAGGGAACAACAACACGGUGGUUAUAUACAGGUAUAUCACCAGACAGGACGCUCUGACAGACACUGCUGAUAAACUCCACAGCAGCCAGCUCUCCAUGACUGAGUCACUCAACAAGGAGGAUGUGAUGGAGUCACUGAGUGCAAUCCAAAUCACAGAGAGAGGAAACCGACGCGUAGGAAACCAGUGUCUGCUGAAACUGACGUCUGGUGCUGAACUCCAUCAAUCUCUCACAGUGACAGGUGUUCAUCGUUGUGAACACAUUUCCUGUGUGACAUCAGACCGGGUCUGGGUCAGUGGUAGAUACAAUCUCAUGUUGACAGACACAGCAGGUGUCCCUCUACAUCGUGUGGAGGAUUCAUGUCGUGGUGGUAAAGGAUUACACACAGUGAACAGUGAGAGUGAACUGAUUUAUAUAGAUAGGAAUUAUAAUAUUAAGAAACGAUCAAAGGAUAUGAAAACAACUAAAACAUUGAAAAAGAAAACAAUAUUCUCUAAAUGGGAACCACAGUGUGUGUACUGGUCCCCGUCCACUGGGGAUCUACUGGUCGGGAUGUGUAACAAUGAUACAAAGACAGGCAAGGUAACCCGGUACAACCAGAGUGGACAACUCACACACACCAUACAGAAAGACAACACAGAACUGGGACUGUAUAGUGAUCCUCGCUAUAUAACAGAGAACAACAAUGGGGAUGUCGUGGUGUCUGACUCGUUCAGUGCUGUAGUGGUGACAGAGCGUCGAGGAAGACAUCGUUUCUCCUACACAGGACAUCCAUCAGGAUCAGGACUAUUGCCACGUGGAAUCUGUACUGACGCGCUGUCACACAUCCUGGUGUGUGAUUGGGUAACCGACACAGUACAGAUGUUGGACAAGGACGGUCAGUUCCUGUCACAUCUACUGACAAAAUCACAAGAGAUGGGUGAACCAUGGGGCCUGAAUUAUGAUGUCAACACUCACCGUCUCUGGGUGGGAUCACGGGACAACAACAAGGUGCGUGUCUACAGUUAUAUAGACACACAGGACGCUCUGACAGAUGAGGAUACAUACUCAAGAGAUGAGGAUGUCUUUUACAGCUCAACACCAGCCGUAGAAUGGAGAUAGCUUGGAUAUUGACAGGUGAGCAAACUUUAUCUCCAUGCCUUGUGGUGGAGUAACUGCAGCUUGACUUGUUACAGAGAAAAGGAAAAAGGGUCAUAUCACUUCUAUUCUAGUGACUUGCACUGGCUUCCACUAAAAUUCCUUCCUACAUACAAAACUCUUGUGUACGCCUACCUAGCAUUGCGUGGAUCGGGUCCAGGACAAGAACUGAUUAUUAUCCGUAAAAUAAACCGAAUCCUACGAUCCGACGGAAGCUUGCUACUUAAUUUAUCGAGGGUGUGCACUUAAAGGACAAUUUGUCUAUGGUGAUCAUUCCUACUUACGACAGUCUUCCAAUGUGUAUUCCUCAUGCGUAAUCCGUUCAAAGUUUUUAAAAGACAAUUAAAUACAAUUUUUCUAAUUAGCAUUUAAUUAACUUUUGAGAAUUAUUAAUCUUGUGAUUUUUUUGGUUUGAAUUUUAAUUAUCCUCAUUGUUAUUUGUUGUAAAAUAAUGUUCAAUACUAUUAUUUUUUAAGUGACCUAUACAUGUACUAUGUUUUAUGUCACGUCCAUUUUAUAUAAAGUUCGCUAGAGUGAUUAUGUUAUUAUAUGGAGCGCUACAAAACUUAUUUAUUUAUUAGGGCCCCGCAAGGAUUUGCGGGUGCCCUAUAGUAAUCACUCUGUCCGUCCGUCCUUCUGUCCGUCCGUCCGUCUGUCACUCUUCCGUCCACAAAUUUCCUGUUUUUUUCUAAUAACUUUUUUUAUGGUUGCCCAAUCAAGUUCAAAUUUGGUAUGGUAGUUCAGUAGGCAGAAAUACAUAUUUUGAUGCUAAGUUUGGUUCUCUAUAUCUUCUGGUUUGGAGCUGGGGUGGUGGGGUAGAUUCCUAACUAUGCAUAAGAAGAAUGGGCAAAGAGAGAUAACUGCUGAGAAUGAAUGGGCAAAGAGAGAUAACUGCUGAGAAUGUUACCAUUGUAUACAUGGAAGGCUGUGCAAUAUUUGUCCUUUGGGAUUAAUUAACCUUCCACAGGAAGAAAAUCCUAAGCUUUAUCUUUAUCUGUCACAUUGAGAUUAAUUACUGCACUGCCUGUGUCUGCAAAUGAACUUUGUUUUGAAGUUAAGGUCAAUUUUGAAUGAUGUGUAGUAUUGUGUACAUUCUUUGAAAUAUGGAUUUGAAAUAUAAUAUUCAUAUUUUUUUUGGUUAAAAUACCGUACACAAUGAUUUAUGAUAGUUUUAUUGAAUAGAGGCAAAGCCUAGGUAUCAUUGCAUUGGUAUCAAUUCUUUGUUUUUUUAACAAAUUUUAUUUCAUCCCAUGUUAACCCACUUUAUCCCGUGGAUAUGACUCAUUGGAUAUUUUUUUGAUAUUCCACAGUUAUGACUUUACAAUGGGAUUUGCCUAGGCAUAAUGAAGUAAAAAUAAUGUAGAGUUUUAUAAACAGUGUAAACAUUGAUUGCGGUGUAUAAAAUAUGGGAUAAAUAGAAACUCAUGAUUUGUAGUAUAAUAUGAUUUUUAUCCAACUUGUGUGUUUUAUCCCCUCACUAAGGCUCAAGAAAAAAACACUUUAAUUGUUGGAUGAAAAUCAUAUCCAACUACAAAUCACGAGAUCCUAUAUAUUCCAGUUCUUUACAUCUUCUGCCGGGCAUUUAUUUUUCAUCAUUGUUAAUAUAAAGAGGAUGGAAUUCAAAGUUUUUUUCACUUCUCUAUAUUAAUUGUCAUAGCGGGGCCCUUCCUGACUGGUCAGUUUUCUAGUUACUAUUUUAUUACAUAUGUUAUGGUAAUAUAAAGUUUCACUAAUGGACUCUGUGUUCUUUGUAUAUGACUUACGCACUAAUCAGUGAUUGUAAUUUUUAUAAGUUUUAUAUAGGUAAAACUUUCUGUAGAUUGUAAUAGGUAUAGUAUCAGUAUUUAUACACUUUUUCCCUGUAUUUAUAUCCUUUGACAUUUUUUUAAAGGGCCGGGUGCAGUUUGGUGAAAGGUUAAAGCUGUCCCUUGAAAUUUUUGCUGUGUGUGACAAAGUUUUAUUUUUUAUUUUUGAGAAGUACACAGGCAAUCUUGCAUAUUAGCUUAAUGUCAUAGUCAAAUGGGAAUAACUCAAAUCUGUAUAUUUCAGUUUUAAGAUGGUAUCAUGUUGUGACGUACUAUAUUCUGAAAUAAACAAUAAAAUGAAGUUUAAUUUAUAAAUAGUUUCUUCUUAAAUUGUCAUCAAAAAGUUUUAGAAAAUAGUUUUAGUUAAAUAUUGUAAAAUUUAAAAACUCUGAAUCGGUGAAAGUAUUUUGAUAAUAAUGUACUUUUUCACACUAUCAUUGACAGCUGUCCAAUACCUCCCUAAAUAAAAAGAGUUAGUCACCCUCUUAGAACCUUAAGAUAAAGUCAAAGUAUAUAUUGUGAUAGUUCAUGUAUUAUUGAGGUUAACAGAACGAAUCUGAUGAAUAUACACUACACCAAAAAUAUAUUUCAAUAUGAAAGAAGCAUUGCUCUAAUACAGGAGAGAAUUUAGAAACACUGAGUGAAUGUUUUGCACUUGAAAACUUUUUAAGGAGUUGUUCGCCCUUUAUUAAAAUUAAAAACAAAUCAUUUUCUUAAAUUUGUACAAUAGUCUGUUUCAAGUUAUUGCUUCCUUCAUAUUUUGAAGAUUUUUGAUUAAAAUAAACAAGCCUGUCAAUGAAGU